CAAGGCCUAGAGCGACUUCUAGUGGUUAACCUGCCCUGAUUAAAGUGGGAAGUUCAGAAUUUGGGUUAGGGAUGUGCCUUCAACUUUUGAUAACUGCACCUUACCUAAAGGUACAGAGAAUUGAAGGGCACAGUAGGAGUGGACCUCUUCCUCUAUAGGGUCCAUACCAUGUAGGGCAGGUCCUUCUCGAACAGUGUCCUUGUUGUAUGGGUUUUUUCAGCCGUCUAACGGACGAACAGAGGGUUCAUCUGGGUACGAAGGAAGAUGUUUCUAUUUUCCAGGCCGCGGGCUGGGUCUGCAGCGCUCGGCUUCGCUGCUGCCGCUGGAGCGCCGCGUCAGCCUCGGCCGGGCCUUCCCCCGCCUGCCGCCUCCUCCCGGGUGCCGGUCCCCGCUCCGCGGCACCUGACGGGCUGUGCGUGUUCUUGCCACAGCCGCCACCCCUUUCCCGUUCCCGGACCGGCUCCUGGGGCCGCUGCCCAGCCCGGCGGGGCCGCGGGGCUCGCUCCGUGCCCUCACACGGCCUGUGCGACCCCGCCCGGGACGGAGAGGCAGCCGGGGGGGGGUUCCCCGCGCUUCCCGGGCCCCGCAAGCCGCCUCAGCGGGAGGCGGGCGGCGGAGAGCAGGUGCCGCGGCCAGCAGGGUCUCCUCCUCCAGCAAGAGCGCCCGGGCCGUGACUCACCCGCCGCUCGGCCCCGCCACCGCCUCCCGCCCACGGCCCGCAGCCAAGAUGGCGGCCGCCCCGCCUCAGCCUGCCCCAGUGCGCCUGCGCCCGCCGCGUGCCGGUGACCCGGGCGUGUCGCGGGGUUGGAGUUCACGCUCCGCCCCCCACGCGGCCGGUGAUGGCGCCGAGCUGGGCCCUCGCCGCUGCCCGGGCCGGGGCUCGGCCGUGGCGGCUGCGGCUGCCGGCGGGGACGCGCUGCGGCAGUGCCGGCCCGGCGGGAGCGCCGCCUGGCGGGACUCUCCUGCAGCAGACGGAGGAGCGGCCGGGCACCGCUACCACGGCCACCGGCCCCCGGCAGGGAGAACGUGGGAGAUGUGGCGAGGCGUUGGUAGCUGCCAUCCUUCCUUGGAGCCGCAUGGACGUGGUGCUGUCCAGACCGCUUUGGUUCCUUCAGAAAAAUCGGAAUCCUUUGCAUCCAUGUUGAGACGCUCUCCUUUAAUUCAGAUGGGACCUGCAAAAGAUAAAAUUGUCGUUGGUCGAAUCUUCCACAUUGUAGAGGAUGAUCUUUAUAUAGAUUUUGGUGCCAAGUUUCACUGUGUGUGCAAAAGACCAGAAGUAGAUGGAAAGCUGGGUUGCCAGGACUUCCAGAUAACAAGCCUUCAGUAUCAACAGGCCAGAGUUUCAGAACUUAGUGGCCUCUCUAGAAUAUACUGACUGUGUUAUGCAAGAAGCAAGGGUAAAAAAGCCAAACGCCGAAAUAUUUCAAAUGUAUCCAGAAGUGCGUUGGUAUUUGUGUCUUUUUGCAGGCAGAGGACAGCAAGGAAGGACCAAGUCCAUCUGCUAGCAAAAGGCAGUUAAAUUACAUUUUCACAAUUACCUGGUUCUGUGGCUCUGCAAUACUUAUUGCUGUAGGAAGGAAUAAAUUUCCUUAGGGACUCUUCUAGUUUACACCAGGGCUGUAUACAUUGUCUUUGCUGCCUGUGUGUCAAUACAAUUUUUUCCAAAUAUGCAGAAAAUUAUAUUUGUUCAUUUCCCAGUAGAUUUAUUAACUUUAUAAAAAUACUAGAUAGUCUUAGGAAGUUGUUGUUUCUCACUGAUGUAGCUCGGUCCCCUGAACAAUCUGUACGUUGCUUUGCUUAAAAAAUUAAAAUGUUCAAAAGAGAUGUCAAGCAGCACCUGCUGCUUUUUCUACUGUAAAGGGAAUACCAAAGAAUAAUAUUUAUCUAUAGGACUCAAAUCUGUGUCAAACAGUGUUCUCCUCAGGUGUUUUAUCUGAGGAGAUAUAUGAUACAUAAAUGAGGCUUAAGUUUUAUCCUUAGAAGUCUGUAAAUGCCUUAUACUCUUUAAAAUACUUUAGUUCUAUAACUAACAAAACCUGUUCCACUCCAAAAAUGAAAAGUCAGGAAGAACUUGAAAUGGGAAUUCCCAGCUGAGUUAAGAAGCUUCCUGGCUAAAUUGUUUUUCCCCUGACUUAGCUAAUAAGUAAAAGUUGAGCAAUGUUUUAACUUGAGUACUCCCAGUUUUGAUGCCAUGUGCAUCUUGUGAUAUCUCAGCUGUAAUUCGGAGUGUCUCUUUAGGUAACUCCAAAGGAGGUAUAAGAAUACAUUUUUCAAAGAGGCAAAGAUGAGCCCUUGUCUUUAGAUAUGUCACCUGAUUUAUUGAAAUAGGUACUAACCACUGCAGCGUUCUUGUACGUUUGGAAGGUGGCGCUGUAUAAUAAAAGAGAGGUUGAAAGCUACAUGUAAAGCUAAUUAUGUGCCCAGUGGCUUGGAGCAGUAAGGUAAUAUUGUCAUUGUAAUCAGGAGAAACUUUGCAUGAUAUUUUCUCAGAAUGAAAAAUUCAUAAUGACUCCAUUGGUACAAUUCAUUUUCUUGAAGCGGUGGUAACUUGCAGAAGUAAAAGGCAAAUAAGAAUAAAGAAUUUCAGUUGAAAUGAAUAAUGAGGGGCUUACCCUUUUUUUUUUCCUUGGAGGUGGCAGUGCUUGAAAUGCCCACUAUUCAAUGGGAAACGAUGUCUCUGAUCAAUGCCUAACAGCUUUUACUUUAUCUUUCACAGUAGUAGCGUGUGUCAUAUGAAAAAUUAAUAGUUAUUUAUUAUAACUUUUACAAAUAUUCUGCUUGGUUUUUUUAAGAUUUGUUUAUGUAGCAGAUUAAAUUAUUAUUAAGUUUUAAUAUAUCUCUUUUUCUGUUUUAUUUUAAUAGGAGUCAGCCUAUGUGAGGCUGUUCACAAUGCAGUGGUGUUAUCUAUCAAUCACUAUCUGUAUGCAUUGGAAGUAGAAUUGAACAUUAUUCUUUCUGAAACUGGUAUACUUACUGGUAAAGUCAGCUCAAAGUGUGAUGCAUAUAUACGCAAUAUAGGUGUGAUGCAUAUGUAGCCAUAAUUUAAGUGGGCAUAGUUCUUAGAAGGAGAAUGAAGUGUGAGUCAAACAAAAAGAAAAAAGGUUUCUAACAGAAAUGAGUUGGCUUGUUUCAACGUCGGGCCCCAGGUUACCGUAACCUGUGUGUAAAACAGCAGUGCGCUUGGCACGCACUGCCUCUGCAAGUUCAAAAGAACUUUAUGGAAACUGAAAUAACCUUUCUAAAAAUACAUUUGAGGGCAUAGCCUCCUAGUACUGGAAAUAACGUUCCAAUAGAACCGUGUGGGACAGCCCUUUUCCGAUAAAUAACAUCUGUGGAUUACAACUCUGAAGCAUAGGAAUAGACAAUACCUAUUGACAGAAGCUGACCUGUCACCACUGCUCCUUUUAGGGUUUGUCUUUGUACAGCCUGUGGGGAAAGAGUCGUGGUUCUGUGAGCUUGCAAUGCAACUGAAUGUUAACCAUUUCCCUUAUGAAGAUUUUUUUGGGGGGGGUUAAAAAAGUGCAUUUAUCUCAGCAGAAAACUGGAAUGGCACAAAACAUCUGAAAAUAUUUUUACCUAUAUUAUAUUUUAUAUAUAUAUCUAAAUAUUUUAUAUAUAUAACUAUUUUAUAUAUAUAAAAUACAUAUAAAUAUAUAUAUAAAUAUUUUAUAUAUAUAUUUUAUUCUUAAUCCCACUAGGUAGCUUAUUUAUUUUGUAACAUGUAGUUUUCUGGAUGUGUCAAAAUUAAGAGCUCCGAUGUUACUUUACAGAAACACAGCUAUAGGGAGGGUCAGAUAUUUUAGUUGUCAACAUACUGUCUAAAGCAGAGAAUAUCACUUCAAAACAAGAAAACAUGUCCAUAGCCAAGAUCAGAUCAGUAAUGGCUUUGGAAGACAGCUCUGGUUUUCCUGCCAUGGAGGGGCUAAUGCACAAUAAGAGCAAAGAAGUAGGAUUGACUUAUAGAUUACCCCAUUUAGACUGGGUAAAAUCCACAUUUAUUGCCCCAAAGUAAUCAAAGCCUCCAUUAACGAUGCCUUGUUUUACUUCGUAAUAAGAGGGCUAGUAACUACAUUUCCUGUUUUCGUAAUUUCUUACAAGUUGAAAGAGUUUGCUUUUUGGUGUUGGUUUUAUUGCAUGUAGACGUUUCUCAUAUUCAAGUUAAGAUUUUUUUUUUACCCGCCAGUUAUUAGAAUGAGAUUAUUUAUUCAUCACUUAAUCACGUUGUAAUUGUAUUGCAUUUAAUUAAGAAGAUUUCCAUGUAUAGGCAUGAUGCAGUGCUUAAACAGGGAUUUGGAACAAGACAAUAUAUAGAUUAUAAUCGAUGCAGGUCAGCCUUGGCAGGACUUUCCUUUUAGUCCCUGUGACUAUUGUCACAGCUUCCCCUCAUUCAGUUCGGUGGUUGUUCUUUGUGUGAGACCGAUAGAUAGUAUUGGUAGAUCAACAAAUGUAUGGUUUCUAUUCGAUCUCUUGUAAAAUAGAAAUACAGCUCUGGCUCCUUCAGAUUUCCUUAUUACCCUAAUGGCAAAAGUGCUGCUCUGCAGCCUUCAAGAACGAAACAAAAAACUAUUUGGAGAGCAAAGAAUUUUCAACAACCCAUUGUUGCUCUAUUUUUUAGAGGAAUUUCUGGUCUUUGAUAAUUUGAGAUCCAUCGAUUUUUCUUUGAAGGAAAAUAAACCUGAAGGAAAAAACACACCAGAUUCAGGAAUAAUUUUUCCAUUUUAGAAAUGCUGCUAGGGGUCGUAGAGCCAACUACCUGGUUCAUUCAUUUUCAUUUAUCAAAAAUGGAAAAAUGUGGAGGGCUUGGAGCCCUCGCGGUACCAGUAAUGGGAAAGCUGCUCAGGUUUUUCUAGAAAGAAGGUGGGUGUAAGAAGAUGGAUAUGCCCAGGUUGCUUUGGGAGAAGGUAGGUGCAGCAGAGGGUUAAAUCUCUGACAUGCUGAAGUGUCUUAAUUAGAGCUUGGCAGAGAGCCACGGUCAGUAGAAAAUAUGCCCUGGCUGAGCCGGCAGCAGUGAGCAGUGGUUGGAGCCUCCGGCAGGUCUCCUGCAUUCAGCAGCACCCGCUGCUCCUGCCUACCUGUUGUGGGAAAGUGAGAUGCUGCCCGGCCCUGGAACAAAGCAGCCCAGCGUUUUCCCAUCCCAACUCACCCUUGUGGCCCGACAAAGGAAGGAUGUGGGGACUCAGAGAGGGGGGAGACACCUGUCAAUAGAAGCAGCUUUUGCAGCCACUCGCCAAACGCAGUGGCUGGCAGCUGAAGGAAGGGCCGCUUAAAACUGCAGAGCAGAUCUGGUUUUACACACUGUAGAGGAUGAGUAUGAUAUUUACCUGAAAAUGGGAAAAUGGGAGAGUUUGAAGUUCCAGGCUUAGGAGAUUUUAAAACAUUGAUGACCUGUAGUGAUGCUUUUCAGAUUGGGAAUUACUGCAUUGUUGUGAAAAAUGAUGAUGAUUUACUUCUAAGAAUUAUUAAUAGGUACUGCUCUCCCAAAGAUUAUGGCCUAUUUACAGUCCUGGUGGGGAAAAUAUAAUAUUAAGUUGCCCAAUUAAUCUUCUAUUGUCACAGGAUGGACAGUACAGAUUAAAUGUCAAACAAAACACCAAACCUGGUAUUUAAAAAUGAAACAAUAAAAUGACUUCUAGUUCCAGGACUAGGUUGUUGCAUCUUACAAUGAGAAAUACAGAGACUUGUGAUAAUAUUGAGGUGAUAACAUUGUGUAUGUAGAGGCACAUAUUCAGAACGGCAGUAGUGUAGAUACUCCUCAAACUGGUAUGUUUGUAAAGUGUGUAGAAAGGCACGUCUUUUUACAAUCUUAAAAAAAAAACAGAAUUUGUUAGAUUGCAUCUCGGGAUCUGUGGGAAUGCUGAAGUGCCUCAUAGUUUAUUUGAAGAGAAGAAAAAUGUGUUUUAUGUUUGAGGGAGUUUCCAGAGGUACCAGUAGAUAACCUUUUCUGUCUUUCACUGCAUUUCAGUGGAAAUUAAACACCUAAAUCUAGUCUCUGAAGGCCUGAAAGUCAUCUCCUUUUAGGUACAACAACAUUAAUAAUGCAUUGCAGUCUGACUCUACAAAGCCAUGGUACCAAAAAUAGUCUUUACUGGUAUUAAUUUUUAAUAAUGAGUAACAAAAUCAAAUAAAAAACAUGCUUAUGUGUAUCUUUAAAU